AUGCCGUUCGCACAGCUUGUUGUAGGCACAGCUGGUGCUGGCAAAUCUACAUACUGUGAUGGCAUGCAGCAAUUCAUGUCUGCCAUCGGGCGCAAAUGUUCAGUCGUUAACCUCGACCCCGCCAACGAGCACACGAACUACACAGCAGCUCUCGACGUGCGCGAAAUAGUCCGUCUCGAAGAUAUAAUGCGCGACGACGAGUUAGGUCCCAACGGCGGUAUACUUUAUGCUAUGGAGGAAUUAGAACACAACGUCGAGUGGCUCGAGGAGGGUCUCAGGGGCUUAGGGGAGGACUAUGUAAUUUUUGACUGCCCGGGGCAGGCGGAGCUGUUCACACAUCACUCAUCAUUACGAAAUAUAUUCUUCCACAUACAGAAGAUGGGAUACAGGAUGGUUGUUAUGAACCUUACGGAUUCCUAUUGCCUCACCCUACCGUCACUAUACAUCUCGAAUCUCAUCCUCAGUCUGCGCGCCAUGCUGCAGAUGGAUUUGCCACACCUCAACGUCCUCACCAAGAUCGAUAAGCUUUCCACAUACGACCCAUUACCCUUCAACCUCGACUUUUACACCGAAGUCCAAGACCUGAGCUACCUCCUACCACACCUCGAAGCCGAGUCAUCCGUAAUGAAGGGUUCUAAAUUCGCAGGCCUGAACUCGGCAAUCGUCGACCUUGUCGAGAGCUUCGGAUUGGUAGGAUACGAAACAUUGGCGGUGGAGGAUAAGCGUAGCAUGAUGCACCUCCUACAAAUGAUUGAUCGAGCAGGCGGAUACGUCUUUGGUGGAGCAGAGGGCGCAAACGAUACGGUAUGGCAAGUUGCCAUGCGCGAGGGCUUGACGACUAUGGAUAUAAAAGACGUCCAGGAGCGCUGGGUAAAUGCGAAAGACGAGUUUGACAAGAGGGAUAGGAAGGAGCAAGAAGCGCAGGAUGAAGCUGAGAGGGCGAAAGCCGAGGCUGCCCAGAAGCUCGAGGCGCAUAUGGAAGGCGAUGAGGCUGAUGAGGACUUUGGCCACAUUUGUUAG